UUCAACUCCGUCGACCUAUCUAACAACAAGUUUUGCGGUCCCAUUGACGACAACAUUGGACAAAAGGCCUCAAUGAGUUCAAUCAAAUCUCUUGCAUUGUCACACAACCCGUUGGGAGGAUCUAUUCCAAAGUCAAUUGGGAAACUGAGAGAAUUGGAGAUUCUGGACCUUGAAGACAGUGGACUCUCAGGGAAUAUACCUGAAGAGCUUGGUGAUGCCGAAACGUUAACAAAGAUUAAUAUUUCAAAGAACAAAUUAAGUGGCAACAUACCAGAGAAGGUCCUAAAUUUGAAGAAACUUGAAGAGUUCGAUGUGUCAAGAAACAGACUCAGAGGGAGGAUCCCUCCACAUAAGGCCAUGUUUCCUAUUUCAGCUUUUGUGGGUAAUCGUGGAUUGUGUGGACCACCUCUUCCUCCUUGUAAACUUCGUUAUAGAUAAGCACGCUAUCGGACAGAUUAUUUUAAGCAUAUAAUUAGAGAUUUUGAUUCCCAUGUUCAUGUGUACGAGGAAAUAAAUAGUAAAUUUAUUAUGUUAAUCUAGCUGAGAAUUAGAUCGACGAGAGGUACAAUACAAUUAGGAGAGCUGCAACUUAAUCCAUAGCUCACCGGAAGCUCUAGCUCAUUCCU